AUGGGAUUUCUUGAAAUUAGACAUGAGACCAUCUUCUUUAAGCUCAAUUGUACCACCGUUACUAAUCUGCUCAGCCGCCUUGUCAAUCGCCGUCGUGGCCGCACCCUUGAUCUGUGUUUCGGCUUCAGUGUUGAAUCUGGUAACGGCGGCGGGAAGUCUGUUGACUUCAUCAGCAAGUGGCUGUUUGACUUCAGUGAAUUUUUUCUCAAGUCCCUGAACCUCAUUGUUCAUUCCGCCUAUCGCACUGUCCACGGCUUGGGCUGUGCCAUCCAGCGGGGUGGGAGGGUCUUUAGGGAUUUUUGUCGCCUUGUCAAGCUGACCGUUAAGCUCAGUAGCAAUCGGCGUGAUUUUGUCCAGGAUCUUUGCGAUGCUUCCGGGGCUGGGACUGCUGCCGUUCUUCUCGGCUAUGUUGAGAAACACCGAAUUCAGUUCGUUGCCCACCUGGCGGGACACGGCGGUGAGUGUGCAGAGCACGGCAGCGAUGAAAGCCUUUUCCUUACAUUCGUCUUCGUGGUUAUUCCCUCGACCAUUACAGUUUGUGCAGCCUACGCUCUCGCAGAUGCAUUUUGUGGCGUUGAAUUUGUUAUUCUUCAACUGCUGCUUGACCGCGUCGAAUAUUCCACUGAACCCAUUAUUAUGCAGCUUCUUAUCAAGCGCAUCGGCGAAUGUUUCGCAACCGUCCUUCACAGCGUUGACGUAUCCAUGAAUCUUUUGGGAGUUGCCGCUCGCGCCAUUGUUUCCGUUUACAACCACUAA